ACUCCUGACGUGCUCCCAGCUGCUCUUAGACCACUACCACUCUCUCAAGUUCACUAUGGCUAGCCGUAACAACUGCUCCUCCGGCAACUGCAGCUCUGGAUCGCUCAGAAAUACCUGCCACAUCCCAGCCAGCAACUCCGUUGCCCUCUGCUCUACAAACAUGGGCUGUGGCGAGGUCUUCUGCGUCCCCAGCAGCUGUCAAGAUCACACCUGGUUCAUGGACAACUGCCCAGAGACCUUUGCAGAACCUCUCAGUGGCCAGCCACCCAGCCGUGAAGCCAGCGGCUUUGAAAACUCUUGUUGCUCUUCGGCAUACUGUGUGCCCAGACACUGCCAAGGAUCUGGCUAUAUUCCUGCGUCUUCCUUCAUCUCUGGCUCUUGCUUCCCAGCAUCCUACAGGCCCGUGAGCUAUGUAUCUAGCAGUUGCCGGCCAGUGAGUCCUUUCAUGAACAACUGCCGUCCUGUAAGCUGUGUGUCCGGUGGAUACCGCCCACUCCCUUGUGCCUCCAAUAGCUGCCGACCCCUGGGCAUUGUCACUUAUGGAUGCAGGCCUUCAGGUUGUGUGACCUACGGCCCUCAGACCAUUCACAUUGUGUCAAACAGCCUGAGACCUCUGCAGCCUGCCUGCGGUGGUUGCCAACCAUCGAUCCCUGUGUUUGGCACUUGUCGUCCUUCUUGCUCUGCACAAGGAGGCCAGUAGCUUCCUUGUUCCAGUGAAAAGCAAUGAUGAAGACUCAGGAUAAAAAUUGCAACACUCUGGCAGUUUGCUUCUUUCUGAGUAGCGAUUGCGUUUUCUUGUUCGCACUGUGUCUAUGUUAAUGCAAACUGUUCCUUUCACGCUGUGACUUGCUUUUAUCUUUCCCUUGUUGUAAAAAUCCCUGCUUCUAUUGCUGCUAGUGUUGCUUAGGCAGGAGAACUGUGUACCUGAUGUGAUCCACGCUAUAAUAAAUGAGAUUAAUUC